AUGCGAGAUGGAGUAGAAUCCAUGUUCUUUAAUGAGAAUUAUCAUUUGAUAGGUGAUAAGGCCUACCCUAACAGAAUAUGGUGCAUGGCACCUUUCAAGGAUUUUGGAAACCUUACUCCAAGACAGAAAACGUACAACUAUCAUCACAGUUCAACCCGUAUUGUAAUAGAGCACACGUUUGGUCUUAUGAAGGGCAGAUGGAAGCGCUUAAUGAAAGUUAACACAGAGAUUGCCAAAGUUAGUGACAUUGUACUGGCCAUCUGCGUUUCGCACAAUUUUUGUUAUCUACACAACGAUGAGGUGAUUCAGAAAAUGAUUGGAGAUAAAAGACACAUGGCUAAGCAACAUGUUCUCAAGAAUUAUGCAGACGAAGCCAGCAAAAUACAAGGCGCAGAAAAACGCAACAGAAUUGUAUGCCUGUUCUGA